AUGACUCAAAUUUCAGAAGUUAUCCUUUUGGGUUUUGGGGAUCUCCAUGGCUUUCAGUUUCUUCUUUUUGGGAUAUUUCUGGCCAUCUAUGUGGUGACUGUCAUGGGCAACAUUGUGAUCCUAACUGUGGUGUCAGCUGAUCGCUCUCUUCACACGCCCAUGUAUUUCUUUCUUGCUCACUUUUCCUUUCUCGAGAUUGGUUACACGACUACCAUUGAGCCCGUGAUGCUGAGAACAUUUCUGUCAACUCAUGUGCCUAUUUCUUUCCCAGGCUGUGCUUGCCAGUUUUAUUUUUUUGCUGCGCUGGUGGCUACUGAAUGCUUCUUCCUGGCUGUUAUGUCUUACGAUCGCUACAUAGCCAUCUGCAACCCAUUGCACUACUCCAGCAUCAUGGACCACUGGGGUUGCUUACAGUUAGCUGGUGCCUCUUGGGUGGCUGGAUUUCUAGCACCCAUCCUUCUUAUGGUCCUCAUCUUUCAGUUAACAUUCUGUACCGCCAAUGAGAUCGAUCACUUCUUCUGUGAUUUGAAGCCCAUCAUGAAGCUGGCCUGUACUGAUACUCAAGUAGCUGAGAUGACCUCUUUUAUAUGCACCUCCUUAUUUGCCCUUGGCCCAUUCCUGCUGACCCUGGCUUCUUAUACUCAUAUCAUCUCCACCAUUCUGAGGAUUCCUUCCAACACAGGGAAGCAGCGAGCCUUCUCCACCUGUUCUUCCCACCUGACAGUGGUCAGUCUGUAUUAUGGGACACUGGGCAUUGUCUACGGCUUCCCAUCAGGCCCUCAGCAUGAACACUUACUGAAGUUGCUUUCCCUUCUGUAUACAGUACUCACCCCUGCUCUCAACCCUGUUAUUUACACAUUAAGGAACAAGGAUGUAAAAGUAGCUCUAAGAAAAUUGAUGCAAUGA